AUGGCGCCCCACAUAUCCCCAUUGAGACGAGUAACGAGGGCCAUGUCCAUGGACCAAGCCGUCAAGGAAGCCGUGGAGGCUAGCACUUCAACAAAAAAGCCCACCGCUGCUACGAGACGGUCCCAGAGAAGACGAGAGUCAAGAACGGAAAGGGCAGAACCCAAACAACCGGCAAAAGAACAGCCGGAACAAGCAGUCGGCCCCAAUACAAGGGGCAAGCGAAAGAGGGAGCAGGAAGUUGCUCAGCCCGGGGCAUCUCAACAGGGAAAGGAGAGCGAAACAGUGUCACGACCAUCGCCAAAGCCCAGCACUGCAGGAAGGAGAAAGUCAUCCACAUCGAAAGGCCCUAAUCAACGAGCAGAGAGCCCGCCACUGGCACCGCGAGAAAGCGGUGCUGAAGCGGAAGGAAAGGAAAGCGGAGGUGAGAAAGGAGAAGCAAAGGGGGGAAAGAGCUUGGAGGAAGACUCUUCAUUCUCUUCCCCAUCCCCACAAACCCCUGCACCUGCAGAACCGAAAAUCUUCUGGUCACCAACUGCGACGUGGAGAGCCGUCCCGCGCGCUGCUCGGCCCAAGGCGGCUGAUUUGUGGGGUGCUGGUGAUGCAAACUCGGAGCCGCCAUCACCGGAUCUGUUCAUGCAGUCAGCACGGCCUGAAGUGCGUGAAAGGAUCCGGCAUUUUCUUCUUCAGAGGGGAUUUACCAACCCUGAAGUGCGCGAAGAGAUCCGGCAUUUUCUGAGCGAUCUUGACCUUACCAAGCCUGAAGUGUGGCGUUUUCUUGGCCAGAGUGAUCUUGACCUCACCAACCCCGAAAUGCGUAAAAGGGUCCGGCAAGUUCUUCUCCAGAGGGGACUUACCAAUCCUGUCCGCUCUCAGCCUGGGCCGCGCGACUUCUCGAAUGCUGGUAACGGAAACCUAUGGCCACCAUCACCGGAUAUCUUCUCACCACGGCCUGAAACGCGUCACACCUUCCAACCUUUGCCUGGUCAAACGGGACCUACCACCCCUGGCCCAGGCCCCUCUCGACCGCCUCCUACACCGCAAAUCCCUUGGUAUCUUUACGGCAUCGCAGAUACAACAGACUUCAGAUCAGGACUAGGAAUCACGGCAUUUGAACCCCCACUGAAAGAGGGAAAAAGACUCGCGGACUCACCUAGCAGAGGGUCAAGACGAACAAACAGAAGCCUCUCGACAUCACCAGAGGUACAGCGCACGCGCCUCAUCUCGCGGCAAAACGUCCCCACCCCGCUGCUCAGCGACCCCUCCCUAUCCCCAGCGCAAACACGCGGACGCCGCAAGCCCUACCGUGGGUUAGCAGAGGAGGAGAUUGACUCGCCCGACAUACUCGAAAUAAUCGACGACGUUGACGCCCUGCAGUAUGACCCCCACGACCGUGCAAUGGCAGAGACAUAUGUCCCCGUAGGACCGGGGCCUAUGCCCAAGGUCUCCAAGCCGUUGAAGGGACCUAAGAAGCGGGCGAGGAAGCAGCAGCCAGCGGAGGUCUCCACCUCGGACUCGGACUCGGACGAGGAAGGGGUAGUAAGCUCGGAAGAAACAGGCACAGCGGGGACGCCCCCGCCUACACCCGCAUCACCAUUACUGACGCGAGGUCCCGUAACGCGGCCGGAGCACGUUCCUGGAGCGGAUCCGCAGAUCUGGAAGCUCCCGAGCGGUGCGUGGAGCAGUCAGGCGCGGCGCAAGCAGGCACGGGACUGGCCUCCUCGUCUGGGGUGCGUCUACUGCGAGCGGUGCUUCCGGGACGACUGCGCGCGAUGGCUGAGGGUGAGGGACGGAGUGAUGUUGGCGCUGCGGCUGCUGGGAGGCGACGCGGCGUUGCGGGAGUUGAGGAGGGUGGCGGCAGAGUUCGAGGAGGCGGGUGCCGCGUCGAGAUACCGAGAGAUGAAGGACAGUGGGGGCAGUGCACGGGGUAGGAUGGAGAGCCCGCCACCACCUCCGUUUCAGGAGUCGAGUACCGAAUCGGAGAGUGAAGAGGAGGAGACCCAUGCUGGGAGACAGAGCCGACGCGGCAAAGAACGCAGGCUUGCCGCAAAGAAAGUUACGGUGCUGCCUGACCCGGAGGCUAGCGUUCCGCUCCCGAUAUUCCAUGAGACCUUCCAUGAUUUCCCCCCUGAUGUAAUUGGGCUUGCUCUGCUGCAAAUAGUGGCAGAAAGACGCAUGUCCCGGCGAGGCCAGGUCAGGGAUCGAGUAGAGGCAACCAAGGUCCUCGAAGCCGUACGGCAAGAACUCGGCGUAAAAUCCAAGCAACUCAGAGCAUUGACGGCACGGUAUAAAGAUUUACUCGGACCCGACGAAGACGAAGUGAAGCCGGUAGCUGAACCGGUAGCUGAGCCAUUAACUGAGCCGGUACCUGAGCCGGUACCUGAGACGGUAGCCGACCCGGUAGCCGACCCGGUAGCUGAGCCGGUAGCUGAGCCGGUAGCUGAGCCGGCAGCUUAUGAUCUGAGAUCGGCCAGAAAGCGACAUCUAGCAGGCGUCGCUCGUUACCCUGAGCGCGCCUAUGGUUGGGAGUUCGACGCCCUCUUGCAGUCCGCUUACAAACUGCAUGCGGACGACGAAUACCCGGCUUCAGCCUUUCCCCAAGUGCUGGCGAAGAAAGCCAAAGAGGCCGCCGCCGCGACCCUGUCUUCUGCUCAGGCAGACGAGCUUGAUAGCUUAUAUGAAACCACCGAACUCGAGUGGCUAGAGGAGACAGUGGGAUUAAGCAUGCCUACCAACCAGGCUCUGGAGGAAAUCGGAAACGAGAUUGCCUUUGCGAGAUGGUGCCUACAGGGUGACACCGUCGGAGGUGGAAGCGACUCGGAUUCCGCAUCCAGCAAAGGAGACGGCCGCAACCCCAGCAGGAAGCGCACCGGCGGCGGCGACGAGUCCGGGGACAAAACUCGCGGAGCCAAGCGACGCAAGCCCUCUCAACCGAACUCAUCCGCAAGGCUGGGCUGGAGCGCAAAGGGUGAGCUUAGCUAUUACAUGGAUCCAUAUCCCCUCUCCGGACGAACUUACCCAAGUGGGCAAAACCCAAGUAACAACGUCCCGCUGCCAUGCCAGUACUGUGCCGAGUCGGAUGCGGCCAACCGCGUGGCGGCGCAGCGGCCGUAUCCCCGAACCCGCGGGGACAGUAAUAAGCCGUGGGUCAAGCCAAUGAUGUGGGCAUACCGGAUGGACUUUGACGGGGCGACGCGCGUCACGGCCGAGGAUUUCCUCCUUGUGGUGGGGCAGCGUGGGGCGCUUCAUGCCACAGUCGACGGGCUGGACGGGCUCCAGUUCCUGGUGGACAUGUCGCGCGGGGAGACGAGAAUUAUUCUGGUCGAGAUGAGGAGCGUUUUUGAUGCGAUAUGUUGGGCUGACGAGACGCGUCCUCGUCGGGGGUCGAACGCGAAGAGUGGAAGGUCCGAAAAAAGGGUGCGUUUCGAGCGGCCAAUUGCGGUGUUGGAGAAAUGGGAGGAUGGGCGCUUGAAGGGCUAUAAAUUGUUGUGA